GCUUAAGCCAUAGCGGCGCGCGUCUUGCUGGCGAAGGUGUGAGGCGCGCUCAGUUGCUCAGCAGCCGCCACGCCGACCACUUCUACCUGCCGCAACGAGAAGAAGAAGAAACACGACGCUGCGCGCACCUCUUCCGAUACAUAAACACAAAAUAAACAAGGAAUCUGGAUGUUGUAAACUUUUGUGUACCGAGACGCUCACAACACAAUCGAACGUGCGUUUGCGGCACUCCACGUCGCUCGCGAGAAGACGCUCCAGACGUUAAGAGGAUGCCACGAUCCGGAUAGACGAAACACACCACUUGCCGACACCCCACCGCAUAUAAAUUAUUAAAUUAAUACGGGUUCAUUCAAGUCGAUUCGCAUUCGCAUCUUGAAAAGCUCUCCACACAACAUGGAGGAUAAACAUCGAUUUCCAAGAGUUCCUUGGCUCGGAUUAUGUUUGCUACUUCUUGUAAAAGAUGUUAGUUCAUCUGCUGGUCCAGUGUUUAUCAAUCCGGAAAACCAAGUAAAACCAACUCAGGUUGCAGCAGCAGCUCCUGGCUCCCUCGUUACUCAAACCGUUUAUGGCUUUCUCGAUUUUACAACAACCAUCGGCAACACGGUUAUGGUCUUCUCGCCGCAAAGUGCAGCACCCGCUGCACCCCAACCAACUGAAGAUGCUGUUCCAGUGCCGGAACAAAUCGCCGCGCAACCGACUAGCGUCAUCGAAACCAAACCCGCACCCUCGGUGAGUGUCGUAACACAAGUUGCUGAAAUCCCGGAUGUCAUAAAACCCAGCAAAACCGAGAAAAACGAGAAAAAAUCAAGCGGGAUAAGUAAAAAAUUGUCAUCGGUUGUGCAUAUUGUGGAAUCCAACCAACCAGAAAUCAAACCAAUUGUGAAUGUUAUUGAAGGUGUAUCAAGUGCGGUUUCUAUCCAAGAAGAACCCAAAGCAGCUCCUGCAUUUAUUCCAGCUCAAGCGUCUAAAAUUGAACCAAAACAAAAUAUUAUUACUAAAGUUGAAGUUGUUACUGACGAAGCUACUGCCCAACCAGAAACCCCAAUAGUUUCCAGUCAUGUUGAAGUCCAUGAAGAAUCAUCAACUGUCCAACCAACUUUUUCAAGCGUAGUGGAAAUACAGGAGGCAGAAGAGCCAGCGGUAAUUUUAGGUAACAACAUUGGAGAACCUGAAUAUGAUUUCCUUUCAAGACAACCAUCGGAAGUUGUUGAAGAGACUUACAAGGUCAUUAAUCUCAAACCCAGUGUAAAAUCACAUGGUAACAGAGCUUCUACACUAAAGAACAAAGGACACAGCGGUGCUACAAAACGAUCAGAUUCUCAACAUCCCACUGGAUUGGUCACUAAAUUAGGUGGGACGGUUGUAAAGGAUGGUGUUACAACUGUACAUGAAACCAGUGUUAUUGGUACAUAUAUUUCUGGGAAAUAUGCACAGGUUCUUCAAAGUACUUCGCAUAUUUAUAAUGCUAAACAGAAGAUUAAUCCGUCACCAACUCUGAGAAUUCUAAAAACGGCUGCACCUGCUCUGGGUAAGAAAAAUAGACACUUGGAACCCACCCCAGCUGCUUCCAUCAACGAGGAAAGUCUUCUGGUAGCGGAGGUUACUCAAAACGCCAUCAAACCGACAAGGAAACCAGCUAGUUCUGGUAGUUUUAAGCGGUUUAAGAAUAGGUCCCAGGAGUAUGAAGAGUAUGAAAAUGAUAGUAGUUCCCAAGAGAAAAAGACUCUUAGGAAUCGUCAGCAGAGUGGCAUCCAUGCGCAAUCUCGAAGUUUCAAACAGCACCACACCCCACAACAACACUCCAACCACAACAACAACAACAACAACUCUUCUUCCAACAAGAAAUUCGGCCGGAACAAGUCUCAAAUAUCCACUGUGUCUGUAUCUAGUGAGCAGCCGCCAGUGGCAAGCAAGAGGUACAACUCGCGUCGGAACAAGCAGCAAUCGCGUGCUACAAGUACAGCAGCUCCAGACAACGGAGGCGGCUUUACGCGUCGUGGAUACAAGCCGAAAGUCCAAGCGUCUACUGUUGACAGUGGCUCUGCUUCCUCCAGUCUCUAUAAGUUUAAACUGAACAGGUCUCCGGGCCGCUGGCAAUACAAGACUACUCCCAAACCGCGCGUCACCAUCCGGAAGGUCAACGACGACGACGCCAACGAUGCAGUGACCCCGCCGCCAUUGCAGGAAGUUUCGCCAUCCCUGAAUGACCUGGUUACUCCUCAAGCGAGGUCAGAUGAUGUCGACGGUCUCGUAGGUUCUGAAUCCGUUGCUUCUAUUGUGGAUGAUGAAAGCUCCACUGAAAACAAACUAGACACUCCAUUCCCGUUGGAAACAAUUAAAGUGGAGAUUUCGACUCCUCCGGAUUUCAAAGAUAUCUACUAUGAAAUUGCAACGAUUAAAUCACCGUACACCUUCCAGGUCGGAAGUGUUAAGAACACACGUUACAUCACGGUGACAUCUACAUUUGAAAAGAGCUUGGAGGCGACAAGCGAAGCGACGAUUGGCGCUACGGCUACCGAACCUUUAACAGAAAAUAUACUCGCGACGGCGAGCAACUACGACAAGGAUAACAAUUUCCUUGACUCUAGCAUUGCGACCCUUCCGCCCCUCUACUUGGCAUCCGACAUGGAGACUCCGCCAUUGGAAACCCUCACUGAUACCUUCAGCACAACCCAAACGAUGUUAAAGACGCAUAUCCUGCCUGUCAUACGAGGUGGCAACGACACAAGUAGCUACACUCUCGUUCAGACUUACCUUGUCACUCGGUUAGUGACAGCGACAAAGACUUUACCACCAAUGGAGGCCUACCAUUUUAACCCUAGUAAAACUCUGAAUGAAUUUAAUAGUCAUUUGGAUGAAGCAGGUUCAGAACUUCAUCUGGAGCUUGAAUUUGGUGACCAGAAUGAGCAAGAUGAUGGAACACCUAAGAGAAUUCUUCCAGGUGAUUUGGAUCUUGCUAAUAUAGGUUCUGAUUUUGAUUUGUCAUCAGUAGACAAGUCUAGGAUUCCUGAUGGGCUUAAACUGCGUAAACCUCAACCUCCCACAACACCUAAACCUCAAUUCCCUGAUGUUAUACAGACACCAAAUUUAAGUCCUGAACAACUUCAACAACUAGCGCUUCUUAGGUUGUUGAACCCUCAAGCUGCUCCACCUCAAGGCCAAGUUAUCACCGCUUCCAAACCAGUCGUCAAAGUUGAAACCGUUUAUGAAUCCCACGUCAUUCCAGUUGUAAACGGCCAGAAUACAAUUCUCAGCACAUUGUCGAAAAUUGUCGGAACUGUUACAAAAACUGACUAUGAAUACGUAACCAGUACACUGCCAAGCAUUCCCAACUUACCCAUUCCACCACCGGUAAAUCCACUCUUCCCACAACAACAACCUCAAUUCGCUGUUACAUCAUCUCCGGUGGUUCAGACUGCGAUUGUAACACAAACGCAAAGCAAAAUUUUAAAAUUGACCUUUGGUGCAAAAACAGCUUAUACAACCAUCUUCUCAACGAAAGUAGUGCCUACUUUACUCACCAGUUAUAUGACAGCAUCAGUUGCAGUUCAACCGACGGCAGCAUUCCCAGGAUUCUUCCCAGCACCAUACGGUCCAUUCCCAUACGUGGGUUAAACAAAAUCGCGCGAAAUUGAAAAACGGUGCAAAAUUUUAAAGUGAAUGAUCAAGGACAGUCAAUUUGAUCGUGUGCAAUAUGUAUUAUAUUAUAUUUCGAUUGUCGAACGCACAGCAACAUCUUUCUUGUAAAUAAAUCCAUCGACGAAAUUCAUCAAUUAGUUAAGCAACGAAUUUAAUUAUAAGAGUGUAGAUUAAAUACGUAGAAUAAUAAGAAACAUUUCAUGUAAGUAAUAAUUCUAUUCUUUGAUUUCUUUACGAGUAGAUAUCUUCGAAUUUGAAUUUCUGGCCCAGACGUGUCACGUCUAAUCAUAUUGUAAUUGUAAUUUUUUGUAUUAUACAUUAUUGUAAUAUAAAUAAUAAAUUAUGGUUAUUAAUCA